AUGGAAGAAGAAGAGCGACCUAGAAAGAUACAGAAGCUUGAGGGCGAUGAAGCCCAAGAAUCUGAACCGCUAAUGACCGGCGCAAUCGAAUGCGCGCAAGACAAUGCGCCCCUAGCCGAACAAGCCACCGCCGAAACUGCGACAUCCGGCGCAAGCAUAGAGAACGUGAAAGGACCAAAAGAAUCAACGCCAAUGCCUGCUGCGAAUGAAACCGGAUCUACCGAACAAAAGGUAUCAAAAAGGCAGCUGAGGAGACAGGCCCAGAAAGAACAAUGGGAAGCGGGACGAGAAGAGCGGAAGGUCAUACGAAAGCAGAAAACCGCUGCUCGGAAAGAGCGGCGACGUGAACUCUGGGAUGAAUUGAAACGACAAGGCAAGGAUCCGGCGGAAGAGAUCAACAAGCUGUUCCCUAUGACGACGCGGACUCGGAACCGAAAAUCAACGCGGCUGCCGCUGACAUUGAUUAUCGACUGCGGAUUUGACGACCUGAUGCAGGAGAGAGAGAGGGUAUCUCUAGCUCAGCAGCUUACGCGCUCGUACUCGGAGAACAACAAGUCCCCUUUCAAUGGUCAUAUGGUUAUGUCGUCUUUCAAUAAGAAGCUGAAAGAGCGCUUUGAGACGGUGCUGCACAAUACGCAUCAGGGUUGGAAAGGAAUCAACUUCACGGAAGAGGAUUGGUUUCAUGCUGCAAAGGAGGCGAGUGAGGUUAUGCAGGGACCUAAGGGUGGGCAGCUGGUUGGUCCCUUUGAGGACAAGGCCGAUGCGAAGCCCGAAGAUGGAGAGAUUGUUUACCUCUCAAGUGACAGCUCAGAGACACUGACAGAGCUCAAGCCCUACAGCACAUAUAUCAUCGGUGGUCUGGUGGACAAGAACCGAUACAAGGGGAUCUGCCACCAGCGGGCAACUGAGUUGGGUAUCCGAACGGCAAAACUGCCAAUCGGCGAGUACAUUCAAAUGAACUCGCGCCCCGUCCUCGCCACGAACCAUGUGGUGGAGCUCAUGGUCCGUUGGCUGCAGUUACGGGAUUGGGGAGAAGCCUUCAUGCAGACUCUUCCGCCACGAAAAGGUGGCGCUCUGAGAGAUGCUGCCAAGGGACAGAGGGAUUCAACGCCGCGGGAUUUCGAUGCUGAUGCUGAAUUGAGUAGUGAAAAGGAAGCCGCGCCGGAAACUUCUGAAGUUAUUGAAGCUACUGAAGCAGCUACGGCAGACAAUGACGCUGUUCAGGAGAACAAGCCAGUCGAAUAG